AUGACAAGGAAAAGUAAGGUCGACGUCAUCAAAGAGAAGAAAGCUGAAAAGAAGCUACAAUAUGAAGACACUGAAGUGAAAGAUGAAUUUUUAAAGAAAGUUGAAGAAAAUCAAAGUAAUUUUGCAAUUGAAUUCUGUGGUAGUAAAUUUUUUAAGAAUUUUGAAAGUGCUUGCGGGUUUAAGUUUGAAGAUUUGAAAAGUUUUGAUAAGUUUGUUGCUCUUUUGUAUCGGCCAACUGAUCCAGCUAGUUUGGGAGUUGUUCGUGCAUUAUUCGGAUUAUGUAUGGUGUUAGACGUGGUGGAGGAACGAGGUUUAGCGGACAUUGAUCUAAAAUGGGGAGAUCCAUACAACUGUCACUUUCCACUAAUCCACGGGAUGCGCCCGGCAAGUUUACCCUGGAUGAUCCUUCUAUUCACAGUAAUGUGGUUGGGAGCCUUCGGAAUCAUGCUUGGACUCUGGUUCAAGCUAGCUUGCAUCUCCUUCCUGCUCCCCUACUGGUACAUAUUUCUUCUAGACAAAAGUUUGUGGAACAAUCACAGUUACCUCUACGGAGUAGUCACACUGUUGCUAUUAGGCACCCAGGCGAAUCGAUAUUUCUCCAUCGACGCGCUGCUGAGUCAAGACAGUAAAACCAGCCAAAAAAUUCCUCUGUGGAAUUACUUCAUCAUAAAGUUUCAAUUUUUUGCCCUGUACUUCCUAGCAGGAUUGAAAAAAUCAAACCCCGAGUGGCUGGAAGGCUACGCGAUGACUAAUUUAUCAGACCACUGGGUCUUUGACCCCUUCAAGAUUUUCCUUACCACAGAACAAACGGAUUUCUUCAUUGUUCACUGGUUCGGGUUCAUCUUUGACCUUACCGUCGGGUUUUGGAUGCUUUUCGACAAGACUAGACUUCCUGCGAUGUUUUUCUGCACAACUUUUCACCUUAUGAAUUCAAGAUUAUUCAGCAUAGGAAUGUUUCCGUACGUUUGUUUAGCGACGAUGCCGCUUUUUUGCCACGUUGACUGGCCUAGAAAAGUUUUGAGUAAAUUAAAAACACUGUUUGUUUCUUCAAAAACAAUUAAUCAAGCCUGUGAUUGUGGAUCUAGUGAAAAAAGUACAAUAAAUGAAGAAAACUCCUUGUGCGAAGAAAAGAUACCCUCCAAAAUAAAGGAACCGAGUUUUGAGUCAAAAUUAGAAAUUAAAAAUGCAAGACCUACAAAAAAACAAAAAUUUGUAGUAAUUUUAUUAUUAAUUCAUAUUUUUUUACAAUUUUUCUUACCUUACUCCCACUUUAUCACCAAAGGCUACAACAAUUGGACUCCUGGGUUGUACGGCUACUCUUGGGACAUGAUGGUCCAUUCCUGGGACACUGUUUUGAUCGUAGUUAGGGUUCACGAUAAUGAAAAAAAUGAGGACCACUUUGUAGACCCACAGGCUUGGGUUCAAAAUGACAAGUGGUCAAAACAUGGAGAUAUGAUGAUACAGUACGCUCAGUGCUUGAAAAAUAAUUUGCUGCACAGGAAAAAAGAAGUAUUGAAGAGAAGAAAUUUGGGUAUGAGUCACGCUCGGGGUGAGUGGUCCCAAAUAUCUGGAAAUCUGAGUAUUUAUAUUGAUGUACGGUGCUCUCUGAAUGGGAGAUUCCAGCAACGGAUUUUUAAUCCAGAGAUCGACAUGCUGAUGGUUGACUGGCACCCCUUUAAGCCGGUCAGCUUUCUUAUGCCGCUGCUCACCCAGUUCAGCGGGUAUCGCAAGAAGAUGGACGAGAUUACGAGGCACGUGUACUCUUGGUCUAAUUACACAGAUGUCUUCUUUGUCGCUGACUACCCUGGAAUGGUGCUGGAGAAUUACUUCAGUGAGGAUUUUAGCAAUAUUUCGCUGAAUGUUCUCGAGGGAGAGGUCACUUAUGUUGAAGAAGACUCGAAGAGUAAAGUUACGGUUGUCAAGGGUCACAGUGUGGGAGUUUCUUCUGGGAAGUUGCAUGAAGUUACCACUGUCAGUGCUUAUCCGUCUUGUUAUAUGUACACUUAUACCAAUCAGACGAGAGAAAAUUUGGAGAUCAUUGAUCAAAAUCCCGAAUCAGCAAGACGUAGAUCCGGAUGGCCAAUAAUGAAGGAAUUGAACUACAAAAUAAAUGCCUGGUGGCGUGCACUAGGUCACAUUGCGAACGCAUUUUUUUACCUCGUCUAUGACGUGCCAAUGCUAAGAAGAGUUCCACGCACACUGAAUUACUACGAGUAUGACUAA